AUGGAGGGCAUCGAGGGCGCCAUGGCCCUGGACGACGUCGACUUGUUCGGAGACCCCGUCAUGGACAAUGCCCUGGCCGGCCUCCCUGCACGCCCCCCGCCGAGCAAGCCGCUGCUGCAGCGCCUCGACGAGCUGCGCACCCGUGGCUGCUCCCAAGCCAUCGCCUGGUCGCGCCAGGGCACCAUCGCCGUCAUCGCCAAGGACGGCAUGUCCAUCGACCUGCGCUUCAUCCGCUGCCGGCCCGACAACGGCGACUGGGAGCUGAGCGAGCCGAGCCCCUGGUCUGCCGUCUCGCAGUCGCCCUCCCCGCCGCCUCCGAACCACCACUCUACUCCUCUCUCGCUGGCCUCGGCCGGUGCCCCCUUCGUCCACCUCGCCUGGGGGCCCCAGGCGUUCCCCGAGCUUGCCAUUAUCGAUGCGCUAGGCCGUGUCACCAUCCUCAGCUUCUCCGUUACGCUCAACCGACCCUAUCCCAUCGUCCGCCGGUGGGAUGCCGAUGUCGUCGACGACCUCCACGCCGUUGUCGGCUGCUACUGGCUCCCCCUGGUGCUGCAGCACACCAAGCAGGCAAUAUAUGAGCACCAAUUCUACCCGGCUUCCGGCCCUUGGCAUCCCAGCCCGUCCAAAAGCGCUCUCCUGUGCGUCACCACGAAUGGCACCCUCAAGCUGUUCUUCCUGCAGAGCAACGGCCGCCUCGAGGAGACCGCCAUCGAGCUCGAGAGCGUGACCUCGUCUGACGAUCUGAUCACGCAUGCGUCGCUCUGCUCAGAUAAGAACACGCUCUUGCUUGCCCUUGCCACCGCCUCCCGGCAGUUGAGGGUUGUUCGUGUCAGCCUUCAGUGGGGCUUGCCACAGGUCGACAAACAAGUGCCCCCCGGGAGCGUCCCGCUGCGACCGUCGCUCAGGGAAGGCCAUGUAGCCGUGACCACCUGGGUGCAGCAUGGCCCUAGCGAGUCGCCGCUGGACGCAUCCAUGACUCAGCUCUCGCACAUUGAGAUCCUUCCAUCCGCCUCGGAAGCUCAGUCCCAGCCCUUGGCUCCCCCGGUUGUCCUGACCGUCCGGUCAUACGUUCCCCAAGACAGCUCCGCUUACCACCAGGAGAGUCAGAGUAUCAUUGAUCGCUGGGAAGUUCUCAGUGAUCAGCCGCAAUCCCUUCAUCCCGCCUUCGAACAGCUCAGUUCCAAGGAUGGCGCCGGGUUUGCUCCGCCCACCAAGACGCGCCUCCGCAAGCUCGACCCAAUUAUCUUGCCGAAAAUCGUCGUAACCGUUCACACAGCACAGUUUGGCCGAAUACUGUGCUUUGCUUUUAGCGAUGGCACUGUUCAGUUCAGGGAUCGCUUCACCAUGGAAGAGCUGUAUCGCGAGCAAAACACAGAUACCAUCAGCAGCCCCCUCCAAGUGGGAUUUCAGUUCAUCAACGAUACGCCAUGUCUGCAGGUGGCCUUCUCGCCCACCAACUGCUCCUUCGCACAAUUAUGCGAGGAUUGGACGGUCAAAUGGAACAAACUGCAUUACCCUACAGCGGACCCGAGCUCGCCGCUCCCGCGGACCCAGUUGAGACCAUUGGCGGUCGCCUUGAGCGUGGCAGCAUCCGUCACUGGGGCGUACCAAGUCAGCAACGAUGAUGUUCUGGCGGUCGCCCGGCCCUUCGCGCAAAUGCCGAACUUCACAGAUGCUUGGAUACGAGAGACGGUCAGCAUACUCAAGGUGGUCGUCGACUAUUCGGAGGACGCCCACCACGACCAGCUCGUCAGAAACGCGUACCUGCAAGCGUGCUUCAGCAUGCUGAGCCACCUCGGCUUCCAGGGAGAUUUCAAGCCCCGGCCUUUCAGUGCCAGGUUCGCCAUGCUCGCUCUGAACCUGAGGAACAUGGUGGUCCUCAUCACCGUCGCCAGCAACACGCCAGUCAGCAUCAAGGAGAAGCUGAAUCCGCUCGACGACCCGGAGGUGGUAGAGGCGCUGGCGGGGUGGGUGAAAUGGGGCGUCGACUUGCUCUCGUGGCUCGUGGACUGCUUGUUCGCGCUGCUGAACGACUCGGAGGUCAUGGCCAUGCUGACAGACCCGAAGCGCUUCCUCGAACUGGCCCGGUACCUCCGCUCCAAGAAGGACGUCUCGCUGCAUCUGCUGCUGUGCUCCUCCACGCGAGGCUUCCUGUCGGCUGCCUGCCGCCGUCUCGUCCACCUCGAGAGCAUCAGCUCUCGCACCGCACAGUUCUACGAGACCAACCCUCAGCUGCAGGACCCCUCCGCGACCGCCACUCCGGCCCGCCCGCACCCGGCGCUGAUUCAGGCCUACCUGAAGGUACGGCGCGUCGUCUCGUCGAGCGUCGUCAAGAUGCAGGAGUUCGACAGGCUGCUGAGCGGCCUGGGCAAGGACAUCCAGUCGGCCUACCAGAAGACGCUCUCGGGGCUCGCGGCGGCGGUCAAGCCGCCGCAGGGCAACCUGACGGAGGAGCAGCAGCAGCAGUACCAUGACGCGUUCAUCAAGAAGGCGCAGACGCAGUGCGAGCUCGACAUGCUCCUGGGCGAGAACCCGCCGCCGGCCUUCCGCGACAUGCUGCUCCGCUUCUUCACCACCACCCUGCCCGAGUUCCGCCGCCACACGGACCCGGCCAAGCUGUUCUUUGCCAACUACGACGUGCUCGAGGUCGAGGACAACGCCAGGGCGCUGAGCGCGAGGAAGGCCGCGGGGAAGUACAUCGACGUGUUCAAGCGCGUCGAGCUGGUGGUCGCCGGCAGCGCGCGGGGGGCGAACGGCCAGGUGGUCGACGACGGCGGCGGCGCGGGCCAGGACGGGCAGAACAUGCUGCCGGCGAAGCGGAACGCCGGCGGCGAGGAGGUGAAUGGUCACAACAGCAGCAGCAACAACAACAACGCCGGCUUCGUCAACGGGAGCGGCAAUGGCAAUGCGAACGGCGGCGGCGGCGGCGGCGACGACGAGAACGGGGGCGGCGGCCGGCUGUGGCGGCGCUGCGUGCGCUGCGCGGCCGUCAUGGAGGACAUCUGGUCGAACCGGCCCGGGUUCAACUUCGUGCUGGCGCAGCAGCGCAGGUGCGCGUGCGGAGGCAGCUGGGUGGUCGUUCCCAGGGGGUCGUAG